AGACCAAGCUCGCUCUCUCUUCCUUCCUCUACCAUUGUUCGAGCUCAACAGGUUGCAAUGGCUAGCGAAUUGGAGCCGAUAAAAGACGAGCUGAAAAUCAAAGUGGGGGAGGUGGGUUUGUUCCACAACGAAGUUGCCGCGGCACAGGGCAUCAAAAUCAGGAGGAGGCCACCGACAGGGUCACCUAAGCACUAUGUUGGGCCUUUCGAGUUUCGAUUAGAGAAUGAGGGCAAUACUCCGAGGAGUAUCUUGGAAGAGAUCAUAUGCCACAAGGACAUAGAAGUCGCCAGGUGGAGAGAGAAAAAGCCUCUGCAUUCGCUAUUGAAAGACUUGCAGAAGGCUCCCCCUGUUAGAGAUUUUGUUGGAGCUCUCAGAGCGGUCAAUGAAAGAACCGGACUGCCUGGGUUGAUAGCUGAAGUGAAGAAGGCUUCUCCGAGUAGAGGAGUUUUGAGAGAGGAUUUCAAUCCGGUUGAAAUUGCCCAAGCUUAUGAAAGUGGGGGAGCUGCUUGUCUUAGUGUUUUGGCAGAUGAAAAGUAUUUUCAGGGAAGUUAUGAAAAUAUGGAAGCAGUAAGAAAUGCAGGAGUUCAGUGUCCUCUGUUGUGCAAAGAAUUUAUCAUUGAUGCUUGGCAAAUCUACUAUGCUCGAUCCAAAGGUGCAGAUGCUAUUCUUUUGAUUGCUGCUGUUUUGCCCGACCUCGAUAUUAGUUACAUGGUUAAGAUAUGCAAGAAGCUUAAAAUGGCAACCCUUGUUGAGGUGCAUGAUGAGAAGGAAAUGGACCGUGUUCUUAGAAUCGAGGGGGUUGAGUUUAUUGGCAUCAACAACCGCAAUCUUGAAACAUUUGAAGUUGAUACUAGUAACACAAAGAAGCUGCUUGAAGGAAAGCGUGGUGAAAUUAUCCGUGAAAGAGACAUAAUUGUGGUAGGAGAAUCUGGGCUGUUUACUCCUGAUGACAUUGCAUUCGUGCAAGAAGCUGGUGUUAAAGCGGUUUUGGUUGGAGAGUCAAUUGUGAAACAGAGUGACCUGAAAAAAGGAAUAGCUCAACUUUUCGGCAGAGACAUUUCCUUGUUCUGAGCG